UUACAAAGUUGGUAAGUGGUACCUCUUCGUUUAAAUCUUCUAUAAAUAAAUAAAUAAUAUGUUAUAAAUAUUGUAUAAAACUUUUGCAAUAUAGUAAACUAAAUUGGUAUUAAUUAAUUGAUGGGUUUCUAUAUGAAUCUCAAAUAAACCAACAUGAAAAUCACCAUAUAUUUUCAAAGGUUACUGUGCUCUUAACUUUUAAGUUUAGACUAAAAUAACUAGGACCUAGGUAUUUAAAUAGAUUUUCUUCUUCUGUUAUGGAUUUCUAUCAUGUUUACCUAAGUGUACAUGAUGUCUUUAAAUUAUGCCUUUGGUUUUUCUAUAUUAUUGCUUGCCCUUGUACUUCUAAAUAUCUAUUUCUUCUACACUCUCAACACAGUCGACAGAAAAUCUCCUAAGUUCAAUAUACCCAGUCUCAAAUUGGAUGUGACAUCUAGUAUUGUUGGUGAUAUCUAUGAAUACCUGAACUAUUUGCCUAGUCAAUAUCGUAAUAAGAACCCCAAGUUUGCUGUCAUUAAAAAAAAUCUUAUAACAUCUUUUAAUAAUACUAAAAAUGUUAAUCCUACAUCAGUGUGGCUUGAAACAACCAGUUGGUCCAACAAUAACUCACUAUUUCCUCAUGAAAAUGGUGCAGCUGGUAAGAUUUUACAAAUGUUGCAGACCUCACACAUAGCUUUUGUAGACAAUGCCCCUAAAGGAACACAAUUAAAACUUCUGUUUCUUAUUGAAGGAAACCAGAAAGUAUAUUUCAAGCCAAAGAGAUAUGAUUUAUCACAUACAAUACAAGGCAGUAUCUAUGCGGGCUAUGAUAGACAUAAUUCUGAAGUGUUUGCAUAUUAUAUGGCAAUGAUAUUAAAUUUUAAAUGGAUUCCCCCUUCAGUUAUACGAAAAGUGCACAUGGAUAAAGAUGUGUUGCCUGUAGCUACAAAUGGUUUAAAAAGUACAAUACUUAAAAAAAAUGAUGGAGUUUCAUGUAUUUAUGGAAAAUGUUUUUUCUGCAAAGCAAAUGAAACAGUGUGUCCAGAAAAUAAUGGUGAACUUGAAGGUGCCGCAAUACUUUAUUUGGACAAGCAAUUGAAAGUGUAUAAAUCCCCCUGGAGAAGGUCAUACAAUUCCCGAAAAAUGGAAUGGGAAAUUGACAAUGAUUUUUGUAAGAAAGUUAAGGUGACACUUAGCAGAAAAAGAUUACUGAACCUCAUUAAUGUUGCCAUAUUCGACUUCCUGAUUCAAAAUGGAGAUCGUCAUAGAUAUGAGGUGUACGGAGAUCAAAUAAUCCUACUUGAUAAUGGAAAGGGUCUUGGAAAUCCUUCAGUUGAUGAACUGGAUAUAUUAGCUCCACUUUAUCAGUGUUGUAUGCUCUCAAAGUCAACUUGGGGACAUUUAGAAAUGUUAUCCGGUGGAAGUCUUACUGAAACAAUCAAAUUGUUAUCAGGAUUUCAAGGCUAUAAAAUUGCCACAGACAACCAUUAUAGAGCAGUGGAGAGAAGACUAAUGAAAAUAUACGCAACUGUUCAAUACUGCAUUGGAAAACAUGGCGGCUCUAAAGUAUUCAUGAGUGAAUUUUGAAAAAUAUAUAUUUAGCGUAGGUAAUUAAUAGACUAUAUUUUCAUUUCUCGGCAAGAUGUACCUAAUCAAAAAUUUAUAUUGUAUUUUUUCUUAAUUAAAUGUUAUAUAUCUCUA